GUCCGGUCCAGUUCCGAUUUUGAUAUUUCCACAAUGGCGACGCUGCGUCCCAACAGCGGGACAGGUUCGGGAUAUUUUCAGUCGUCUCGACGCCAAAGAAGUCGUGUUGGAGCCCCAGUGGUUUAGAACUGAAGCUCACAGACCCACGCAACCAGAGACAGAGGAUAGCCAUACGGGAAUUUCAUACGAAACUCGGAAUUCGAACUCGUCUAGUAGGCACGAGGAGGUGCAUGUGCCCCCCCCCCCCUGUAAGUAAGGAAAGUCAGGACAACCUUGUAACAUGGAGCUGAGACGUUCAUCCCAUGGACCCCUGUCGUCUCCCCCCAUCCUGUCAUCUCCCCCCACCCUGUCGUCUCCCCCCACCCUGGAACGCCUCGUGGACGGGACUUUACUGGACGUCUCCGCAGCUUUUCAUGGAAGCUGGCUCAAAACUAGGAUACAGGAGGAGUUUGGCUUGUCGGUGGUGGAGAGACAAAGGGACAUAGAGAGGGCAAGGUCGUCAUUCCAGCAGAGGAUAGAGUCCUUUAUAGUGAGGAAAGCUGACGUCCUGUUCCAGACCAGAGCUGCCUCACAUGUGCACCAGGCACACGCAGGGAAGGAUGAGGAAGACUACUAUGCUGUCCUUCCACCCCUGGAGCAGUUUAUGGGUGUCCCAUUACUCCCUGCCAAAGAGAGAUUCUACAAGUUGGUGCAGUCCGGGGACACAGUGGUUGGGAAGAUCGUCAGUGUGAAGGAUUUUGGUUUCUUCGUCCAGCUGUUGUGUCUGACCGGUGGCAUGGCCAGAGACAUCCAGGACAUGGACAUCACUGCUCUAUGCCAGUCCUCAGACCUGCCAUCUCAUGGAGCUCACCAGAGGCCUAUAGAGUAUUACCACACUAAUGACAUCAUCCAAGCUGUUGUGAAGACAGUGUCUCCAGUAGAUGAGAGGAUUAGCAUUUCCCUCCGACACAACCACUUACCAGAGCUGGCAUCCCAAGUCUAUUUGGGAAUUAUAACCAGUGAGGAUCUACCUGUUCACUUCAGGAGGAGUCAGGACCUGAAGACCAGCCAGGCCAGCUAUGACCUGCUGUUACACAGAGUGUGGGGCUUCAGUAACCCCAGUAAUGUGCCAUACCUCGGGGGGCUGCUGCACAUAGGGGACAAACAACCACCUACACUCAUGAGGGGACUGCACAGGUGCCCAUUUCCGCAGGAGGACUUUGCUGAAUCAUUAAGGCAGCACCAGUCAUCCAAAUGGGCGCUGACUUGUGUUGGGACUGGAGUACAACAUUUUAAGGCAGGAAGGCAUGUGGAUGCCAUGCAGUGUCUGGAGAAGGCCCUGAACUUUGACCCUUCAAAUGUGGAAGCCCUGGUUGUCCGCGGUGCAUUGUAUGCCAACAGAAACAGCUUACUGCGAGCCAUGGAGGAUUUUGCUGAGGCCCUGAAGGUGAAUCCAGGCCACAACAAUGCCAGGAAGUACAUGUGUGAGACUCUACUGGCCAGGGGACAGCAGUUGCAGGAAGAUGGAGAGGAUGAGGAGGCCAUGAUGCUGUACAGGAAAGCUCUCCUCAUCAACCCAGACUUACAGGAAGCUAAGGAGGCUUUGGAGCAAGUCAGGACCAAACUAGAGAACAUGAAGACUGUGAGUCAGGUGGACCUCACCACUGACACGGAAGAGCUGCCUGCUGAAAUGUCCUUUGCACAAAGUUCCAAGGAAAAGCUGCAGAAGCUGAUGGGGGUGGAGGGAAGCAGCAAGGACAAGAGCAGGUUACUUUACAAAACUACACACUGGAAUACUAAUUCAGGGCUCGAAAUACCACCUGAAAAGGAAGAAAAGAAAGAGAAAGCGGUCCAGCUCCAGCUCAGAUGA